AUGGCCUCCAGACCGACAGCAUCCACGAUGAAGUACACCACCGUCCUCCUCGCCCUCCUUCCGGCCCUCGGCUACGCCCAAGACGCCUACGGCCCGCACUGCUCGACUCGCGAUAGGGCCGCAUGCCAGCUCGGGCGGUGUAUCUACCCCGUGGCCGGGUCUUACGCGUGGACCAACGAUCCCGUCUGCGUCGUCCCGUGCAGCAACAACGCCUGUAAGACCAAGUGCCAGUCUCAGGAUUAUAACAGGAAGUACCAGGUCGGGUACUGUCACUCCAUUGGCAAGGACAACUUCUGUCUCUGCACCGACAAGACGUUCUUCUAA